UCUCAAAAAAGCCUAUAGUCACAGACUCACAGAUAUCACCUCUCUGUCUCUUUCUCUUGCUCAAACCAAAACAAGCCCCACCCCACUCACCCCCCAACAAGUUCAAAAAAAAAACAGGGAGAUAAUCAGAUAAGGAGAGAGCUUGUCUUCUUUUUCUUAAUUCCCCUCUUUAUCAUCAUCUCUUCUGCAAGUUUCAUAAACAUUUUACAGAAAAACAUGGAGGAGAUAGAAAACUCUAAACCCUGUUCAGGACAAGAUUCAGAAGCUAAGUCUAAGCCUUUGGACAUUGUCAGCUUUGAUAAGUCUCUCCAGGAACUGAAAGACCUGCGCUCUCAACUUCAUUAUGCUGCUGACUACUGUGAAUCAACAUUCUUGAAUGCCAAAGAGAAGAAAGUUGUGAUGGACAACACCAAGGAGUAUGUAUGCAGAGCUGUGGUUACUGUUGUUGAUCAUCUUGGAUGCGUUUCUGCCAACCUCAAUGGCCUCAUUUCUGAGACUAACGCAUUUUCAGAGACCGAGCUUAGAAUCGAUUGCCUCAAACAAAGGCUUUUCUUAUGCGAACAAUACUCCCACAAGCUUGCUCUGCCUAAAGUCCGAUGGAGGGAGAUAUUGCCUAGGCAUAACGCACGUUUUUUAUCUGCACUCAGAGAUGCUGAGAAAACCAGUGAAGAUUUGUGGGAUCCUGCAACUCCAGCCUCUCGUAAAACCAUCGACAAUCAUGAAUUUGACAAAGAGGCAGCAAUGCCACUUUUCUUGUACACAUCAUCUCUCAAACCGUCUUUAUCCAAGGGGGAAACUAAUUCAGCUUUAGUUCCGGUUCGUGAUGGCCUAUCAAUCCUGUCUAGAGGUCCAAAUCCUACAUUUCAUUUCCAGGAAUCUCGGAAAAAUGGACGCCUCAAGAAAUCUGGGCAGGGUCAUGACAUCUUGUCACUCAUUAGACGAGCUAAAAGAACAGUAUGAAAAGAGCAGAAACCAUUUGUACCACAUUGUGGAUCGCAUCUCUAGCUAAUUGACAUGGGAUCCACUUGUACGGGUGAGUCCCACUCUUGUUGAUCUCCAAUGUGAUCCAUAAAUUAUAAUCCCCUAGCAUUACUGAUCAUAGCAUAGAUUUUAGAGACUGCUUGCACUUAAAAGUAUCAGGGUGGAUGUUAGUGCUUCUCGGGACAGAUUAUUCCAAGCUUCUUUUUACAGGACUGGUUAAAAAUGUUGGCCGAUGCUUCCUUUUUUUUUUUUUUUUUUUCCGGUUAAGUAGAUGUA